GUCGUCAGACUUAACGUCAUAGUUACAUUCCGUCCCAAUCGCGCCUGGCAAUUCGCCUCUGAAUCUCAACCUUCCUGAAUGCUGAAAAACCUCUCUCACUCUCUCUCUGCACUCCAAAUCACCAUAACCCUAAAGCCAAACAUUCCCUUAGCCCCAUUUCCUCCAAAUUCCCACAUUUUUAUGCCAAAUUGUCACUCUUCUUCGUUCCCCAAUUCCUCCCGUUUCCUUCACUUUCUUUCCUCCCUAAAAAUUUCUCCUUCAAUGUUUUCUACCCCGUUUGUCCUCACUUUUUCCCUUCUCCUUUCCCUCCCUAUUCUUUUCCUCUUGGCCCCCAGAAUCCUUCCUCCUCGCCUUCCCGCCAUCUCCCCUUCCGAUGAGCAGGAUGAUCUUGCCCUCUUCCGCCGGGCUGCCGCCGUUGCCUCCUCCCACCCUUUCUCAUUCUCUCGCCUCUCCUCCUCCAAUCACCCCAAGCUUAAGAUCGCCUUCCUUUUCCUCACCAACACCGAUCUCUACUUCGCUCCUUUGUGGGAGAAGUUUUUUAAAUCGAAUAAGGAUCUCUACAAUAUCUAUGUCCAUGCGGAUCCCUCUGUGAACAUCACUCGCCCAGAGGGUGUUUUCAAGAACCAGUUCAUUCAACAUGCCAAACGUACCUACCGUGCAUCUCCCACUUUGGUCUCCGCCACGCGCCGCCUCUUGGCCACUGCUAUUCUUGAUGAUCCCGCCAACGCUUACUUCGCUGUCAUCUCUCAGUACUGUAUCCCUCUCCAUUCAUUUAGCUAUGUCUACGAGUCUCUUAUCUCUUCUAAAUCUUUCGAUCUCACUUCUUCUGAGUCAGACUCUGAGUCCACUCAGUACGGAGUUCGAGUUCAAUAUAAGAGUUUCAUCGAGAUUAUCUCCAAAGAGCCUCGUUUGUGGAAACGUUACAUUGCUAGGGGGAGAUAUUCCUUGAUGCCAGAAGUGCCAUUUGAGAAAUUCAGAGUUGGGUCUCAGUUUUUCGUUAUAACGCGCCGGCACGCUCUCAUUCUGAUCAAGGAUCGGAGCCUAUGGAAGAAAUUUAAGCAGCCCUGUUACAGGGCCGACGAAUGCUACCCAGAAGAGCAUUAUUUUCCUACUCUUUUAUCAAUGUCAGAUCCUAAAGGUUGCACUCACUACACACUAACAAGGGUCAAUUGGACGGGAACCACCAAUGGCCAUCCAUACACUUACCGGCCGGAGGAAAUAUCUCCGGUGCUGAUUCACGAGUUAAGGAAAUCGAAUUACUCCAGUUCUUAUUUGUUUUCGAGGAAAUUUUCGCCGGAUUGUUUGAAACCAUUGAUGAAAAUUGCCGACAAGGUCAUUUUCCGGGACUGAAAGUUUUGUUCCUGGUGAAAUGAACAAUUGGAAAAGAUAUUGCGGGAAGUUCGUUCAAUUUGGGGAAUGGUUUGGAAGAGGCUUAAAGUGCCCACAAACCAACUCAGAGCUAGCGAGGGUCCUUUUUAUAAGUGAAAGAAAAGGAUCCAAACACAAAAUAGAUACAAGUGGGAAGCAAAGCAAAAGCAGGUACCUUUGCUAAAGGGUUGUGUUUUGAUGGUGUAAGAAUGUCAAAAAAAAAAAAAAAAGAAUGGUUAGUAGGAGUUGUCUCUUUUGUUGUGUCUCUUAUGUACAUAUGCGAAUGAAACGAUGAAAUAUGAAUGGGAGGUAUCAAAAUAGUACUUUUUUAGGUUGUUGAGGGAAAGCAGAUCACUACUGCAAAGCCAAAAGCAAAAGCAAAUGUGAGUGUGAGGGAGGGAAUAGUGAUGGGUUCUCGUUAAAGAAGCUGGGGUUCUUCCUCUUUCAAAAAUUUUGAGGUCUUAAUCGUUUUUUUUUUUUUUUUUUUUACAUAACAAAAUCUGUCUAUUCUUUUCUUGGUUAA